UUCAACUCGUGUGGGUGGGGAGGUUCGCCGCAAACACAACACACGUCUCAGCUAAGGAUCCAGAACCGCUGCAAAAUAUCCGCAGGACGAUGGAUCUGAAUAUAUCUGCAAGGAUUGAUCAAUUAGAGAAGCCCCUGCAAGAAUAUUAUAGAAGAAUCAUCAGGAAAGAUUCAGACAAAAGGGAAGUAAAACAAACUUUGCAGUCCACGCUGAAAAAGAUGCUUGAAUUUAUUCAUGAGCGGGACAAGUUGUUUGCAAACUACUUCAUCCUAGUUGGGAGUGUCGCGGACGGAACCAAAACAGAAGCAGUGAAUGAACUUGAUGUCCUCAUUCCCCUACAGAUGGGCAAACUCAAGGUUGCCCCAGUUGAUCACCAUUUAAACCUGUUUAAUGUCCAUGAGCAUGUUGGUGGAGAAUGGAGAUGGCUUGCUCACGAUGGAACCAUUUUGAGGUUGUAUAAUUUGGUAAACGAAUACAAAGAACUUUACUACAAGAAUGAUCAUGGCUUUCAAGUUACAAAAAAGAAGGUGCUAGCUUCAGCUUUGCCUCUGGUGAUCAACUGGAUAAGUAUUGACAUGGUACUUUGCAUUGAAAAUGCCCUAUAUUUCUCCGAUGUGAAAUGGCCCUUCCCAAGCUGGCUGUGUGGCAAGUCAAAGUGGCUGAGCUGUGAACUACAAGAGCAAAUCAAAAGCAUUGGGAUAGAUAUGACCUGUCAGGGAUUAUGCUGGAGACCUUCCUUCUCAAGGAUCGAUGCUUUUGUAUUUGGGGAGAUAGAUGGUAAAGGAGGCUACCGUAAAAAAGCCUUCAAAAUCUUAAAAUCUCUCAAUAGUUAUUAUUGGACCGUGAAUCAGCUGUGCAGUGACUACCAAGGAAAGACAAAACCUUUUCUCAACUCCUUUUUUAUGAAGAUUCUCUAUUUACAUACAAGAGAAAAGUACCCAGAACCUCAUCAGUGGAACACGUUGUCAAAGUCAUUUUGCAACUUUUUGGAUGUUUUAAAUGACUGCUGUAACCAGAAGUGCCUGUAUCACUAUUACCACGCUGAUGUCAACCUUUUCGAACGUGUCGCAGAUAAAACAUUUCAAUGGUUGCAAGGAAAAAUACACAAUAUUCUGGAAGAUCCAGAAAAUGAACUUGACUAAUCUGCUUGGAAGUAGGAACAAAAAAAAUCAUCAUUUCAUUCAAGUCCCAAAUGAUUCCGACCUUCUGCAACAGCUCGUUCCAUACACCCACCACCCUUUGUGUGGAAACGUUACCCCGUAGAUUUUUAUAUAGUCUAAGUAUAAUCAUUCUAGAUGCUUGUUGAAUUCUGCAGUGUUAAAGGCUUUGCACUAACAUAAGAGUCUUUAUUUCGAAUUGUUAAAUGUUAUUCCAUGCAAAUCAUCGCUCUUUAUGUCAAGAGUGUUUUAUUGUCAUAUGUCCCGAAAUGGAACAAUGAAUUUUGCAACAGCACAACAGAUAUGUAAAC